AUGGCAGACACCUUCACCCUGGGGGUGCUGGGCCCCUGGGACUGUGAUCCCAUCUUUGCCCAAGCCCUCCCCAGGUUGGCUGCCCAGCUGGCUGUGGACCGAGCCAACCAGGACUCCUCUCUGUUGCUAGGCUCUCAGCUGGAUUCUGUGGUUCUGUCCACAGGCUGUGAUGCCCCUCAGGCCCUGGCCACAUUCCUGGCCCACAAGGACAGCGUUGCUGCUUUUGUGGGCCCUGUCAAUCCUGCUUACUGCCCAGCGGCAGCUCUGCUGGCCCAAGGCUGGGGCAAGACCCUCUUUUCCUGGGUGUGUGAAGCCUCAGAGGGAGGAGGUGAGCUGGUGCCCACCUUGCCUUCUGCUGCCCAUGUGCUGCUUUCAAUUCUGAGACACUUUGGCUGGGCCCGCGUGGCCAUUGUGUCCUCUCACCAGGAUGUUUGGGUGGCCACAGCCCGACAGGUGGCCACGACUUUCAGGACACACGGGCUACCUGUAGGGCUGGUGACGUCACUGGGACCUGGGGAUCAGGGGACUGCAGAGGUCCUGAAGCAGCUCCAUGGUGUGGAUGGCCUGAAAAUCGUGGUGCUGUGCAUGCACUCUGCGCUCCUGGGCGGCCAGGAGCAGACGGCCCUGCUGAGCCGUGCAGGGACAGAAGGCCUGGCUGACGGGAGGCUCGUCUUCCUGCCCUAUGACACACUGCUGUUCGCGCUGCCCUAUCGCAACCACUCCUACCCAGCCCUCGGAGACAGGGGGCCCUUGCAGCGUGUCUACGAUGCUGUGCUCACCAUCAGCCUGGAGUCUAGCCUGGCAGACAAAGCUGUCACCACUGCCAACAUGGGUGGAGAGGUGCCUUCCCAUCUGGAGCCAGAGAAGGUGUCACCACUCUUUGGAACCAUCUAUGACGCUGUGAUCCUUCUGGCUCAUUCCCUGAGCCGCGCUGAGAGCCAGGGGGCAAGGGUCUCGGGGAUCGACUUAGGGAACUACACUGGGGCACUGGACGUGGCCGGCUUUAGCCAGAGGAUCCAAACAGAUGAGAAGGGCAGGCGACUGGCCUGGUAUGUCAUCCUGGACACCGAUGGUUGUGGAAGCCAGCUGGUCCCCACCCACAUCCUGGACACAGGAACAUGGCAAGUGCAGCCUCUCGGCAGGACCAUCCACUUCCCAGGAGGGGUUCCUCCAGCUCGAGACUCCAGCUGCUGGUUUGACCCAAAUACACUCUGUGUGAGAGGUGCGCAGCCCCUGGGCGGCCCUCUCAUCCUAGUCCUGUCCGGAGUCCUGCUGCUGGCUGGUGGGGCCCUCACCUGCCUCAUCAGGUUGGGCAUCCGGCAGCUGCGGCUGGUGCGGGGCCCCCAGCGGAUUCUGCUGAACGCCCAGGAGCUCACCUUCAUCCAGCAGCCCCCGAGCAGCCGGAGGCUGAACAUAGAUAGUGGCAGUGAGUCGAGGAGUGUGGCCGAUGGUGGGAGCCUGAGGUCAGUGACCCAGGGCUCAGUAAGGAGCCUGCCAGCCUCCCAGGAGCCUGCCAGUGUGGCCCUGUACCAGGGAGACUGGGUUCGGCUGAAGAAACUUGAAGCUGGAACAGCCCCAGAGCUACGGCCGAGUUCCCUCAGCCUCCUGAGAAAGAUGCGGGAACUUCGGCAUGAGAACGUGGCCAUCUGCCUGGGCUUCUUCGUGGGCUCUGGCGUGAGUGCUCUGGUCCUGGAGCACUGCUCGCGGGGCAGCCUGGAGGACCUGCUGCGGAACGAGGCACUGCGGCUGGACUGGACCUUCAAGGCCUCCUUGCUGCUGGAUUUGAUCCGAGGUGUGAAGUACCUGCACCAUCGUCACUUCCCUCAUGGUCGCCUCAAAUCCCGCAACUGUGUGGUGGACGGACGCUUUGUGCUGAAGGUCACUGACCACGGCUAUGCUGAGCUCUUGGAUGCACAGCGGGCUCGCUGCCCCCGACCAGCCCCAGAAGAACUGCUGUGGACAGCGCCGGAACUGCUGCGGGCUCCUGGGGGGCCGAGGCGGGGCACCCUCAAAGGAGACACCUUCAGUAUCGGCAUCAUCCUGCAGGAGGUGCUGACUCGAGGCCCGCCCUACAGCUCCUCUGGCCUCUCUGCGGAAGAAAUCAUCAGAAAGGUGGCAUCACCCCCUCCGCUGUGCCGGCCUCUGGUGUCCUCUGACCACGGUCCUCUUGAGUGCAUCCAGCUGAUGGAGCAGUGCUGGGAGGAGGCUCCCGAGGACAGACCCAGCCUGGACCAGAUCUACAGCCAGUUCAAAAGCAUCAACCAAGGCAAGAAGACUAGUGUUGCCGACUCUAUGCUGCGGAUGCUGGAGAAGUAUUCCCAGAACCUGGAGGACCUGGUCCAGGAGCGGACGGAGGAGCUGGAGCUGGAGAGACAGAAGACGGAAAGGCUGCUCUCACAGAUGCUCCCUCCGUACGUGGCUGAAUCUCUGAAAAUGGGGGCAACUGUGGAGCCUGAGUACUUCGACCAGGUUACAAUAUACUUCAGUGACAUUGUGGGCUUUACCACCAUCUCAGCCCUGAGUGAGCCCAUUGAGGUGGUUGGCUUCCUCAACGACCUCUAUACCUUGUUCGAUGCUGUCCUGGGCAGCCAUGAUGUAUAUAAGGUGGAGACCAUCGGAGAUGCCUACAUGGUGGCAUCGGGGCUUCCCCGGCGCAAUGGAGGCCGCCAUGCAGCUGAGAUCGCCAAUAUGGCACUGGACAUCCUUAGCUCUGCUGGCAACUUCCGGAUGAAGCAUGCUCCCGACGUGCCCAUUCACAUCAGAGUUGGGCUGCACUCAGGGCCCUGUGUGGCAGGGGUCGUGGGCCUUACCAUGCCCAGGUACUGCCUCUUUGGAGACACUGUCAACACUGCCUCCCGGAUGGAGUCCACAGGCCUACCAUACAGAAUUCACGUCAGUCGAAACACUGUCCAGACAUUGCUUAGCUUGGAUGAAGGCUACAAAAUCGACAUCAGAGGAAAGACUGAGCUGAAGGGAAAGGGCAUAGAGGAAACCUAUUGGCUGUCAGGGAAGGCCGGCUUCUCCAGACCCCUUCCUACACCAAUGGAGAUCAAGCCUGGUGAUCCCUGGCAGGACCUCAUAAACCAAGAAAUCAAGGCGGCCUUUGCCAAAGCUCGUCAGGGCACAUCUGGAACUCAGAGUGCAGGAAAGGCUGGGGCUUGGCUCUGA